GGCGCUGUCCACGGACGCGUGCUCCGGCAGCGCACGGAGCUGACCUCACCCCAGGUUUCGGUCUCCGCUCCGCCUCGGGGCCCCGAGCAGGUCACUCACGUGCUGGACCCGUAUAGGCGCCGCUUGGCCGUCAAGCAUGGGGUUACCUCGGAGGGCGGGGGACCCGGCGGAGCUGCGUAAGAGCCUGAAGCCUCUGUUGGAGAAACAACGCCGCGCGCGCAUCAACGAGAGCCUGCGGCAGCUCAAGGGCAUCAUCCUGCCGCUCCUGGGCAAGGAGAGCUCCAGCCACUCGAAGCUGGAGAAGGCGGACAUCCUGGAAAUGACCGUGCGCUUCCUGCGGGAGCUGCCUGCGUCCUUCUGCCCCGAGGCGGCGCCCACGCCCUCCGACAGCUACCUCGAGGGCUACCGCGCCUGCCUGGCGCGCCUGACCCGCGUGCUGCCCGCCUCCCGCGUCCUGGAGCCCGCCCUGAGCGCUCGCCUGCUGGAGCACCUGCGGCGGAGGGCGGCCGGCGCUACCCCCGACGGCGGGAGCACUGCGGCCUCGUGCGGCCCACCCACGCCCUCCCCCGCGCCCUCGCCGCCUGCGCCUCCCUGCUGCCCCAGCCUCUGGCGGCCCUGGUAGUGUCCUGGCCUGUCCCGGAUCCCCCUGACUGCCCCUGGGGCCCGAGGAAGAUCUUGGUGACAACUGCUGUUUCCCAGGGAGGCAGCAGCCCAGCACCCACAGCCGGGCGGGAGCCCGGGUGUUUGCACCCCUGGGGCAGACUGAAGGCCAGGGAAACUGGGCUGGAGGAAAUAAAGGGAGAGGCCCUGCCUCACCCCCGCUCCCUAAGGGUGUGUGGGCUGGAGGAGAAGGGGCAGGUGGCUGCAGGGGAGGAUGAAGACCCCAACCCCCCCCCUCCCCGUGCAAGUGGCGCUAGGCCUGGGCCAGUCCCUGCCCCCUGGCAGCCAGCGUACCUGGCCCAGCUCUGGUGCCAGGACGAAGGGCUGGGCCAGGAGCUCUCCUGAGCCGGGGGCAGGCACCUGCUGCGAGUGGUCGCUGCCCUUCCGGCCCUUCUUGGGCCUGCCUCCUCCCCCACUCGGCUUGGGACGCUCUGGGCACACAGAAGCAAUGUCCGGAGGGGCUCUGCAGGCCAAGGAGCCGGCCGCCCCACUCCUGGGCGCCCCCUGUCCAAAGCCUCCCACCAGAGGGACUGGGCGAGCCAGGGUUCCACGCCGGCAGUGGUGGCUGCUUUGCCAGGUGGGCGGGGGGAAGAUGUACGUCCCCAAGCGUUCAUUCCACCUGGUGCGUGUGCCAGGUGUGUGGUGCGGAAGGGGUGGGAUGAGCAUGGGGGCGCCCAGUACACCCAGUGCGGAGACGGUGCCCAGGCCACGGGGCAGCGGAAGGCCGAGGGGUGACCGCAGCAGGUGAAGGACCAGGAAACGUGUCUCCCCGUUUGCUCACGUGAACUGUGCCCCCCUGCUGCUCUCCAGGGUGGGCUGCCGGGAGCCCCUUGUUCUUGAGACUUUUCUUUCUUCCCUUGGAAGCCAGCGGACCUGUGAAGACCCAGGGCGGGGCCCACGGGUCCCUGGGGUGGGGGUGCCCAAGGCAAGCAGGAGUCCCGCUGUCGGCUGUGUUCCCACCAUUCUGUGAGGAUUCGCUGAGCAUCCUCAAGAAGGCAGGUGCCCGCCCCCCAGUGCCUAGGCCACCAGCCUGUGCGAGGGCCUGGGGCACUAGGGGCUUGAAGACAGAGUUGAUGGGGGGGGGUGGCCACUAAACCCACAACAACCUUGGCGCUGACUUAGAUGGCGCAACGUGGGAAGCUGUGGGUGUCGUUGCAGAAGUCACCGCUGUGAUACCAGGGCGACCCCCCUGGUAGCAAGGUGUCCUGCCCCACCCCCCUCUCCGGACCCAGCUGGCUGGACUGUGGGCUGGGGGGGGGGCGGGCAGGGCUGAGUGCUCCUCUGCGCCAAAGGCACUGGGCGCACAGUGGGUGCUCAGUAAACGCGUGGACUAAUGAACAGGGGACGUGAGCAGACCAUGGUGUGCUGAACCCCAGAGAGCCUCAGCUUCCGCCCUGGGGCCCUGCUGUCCCUUUGAAUAUCUGUCCGCCAGGCCUGUGCUCCCCGGAGGACAAGAGUCCAAGAGUCGGGGAGGGUGUGGCGGGGGGGGGGGGGGCGUUCAGCUUCCUCUCCGGGGUUCCCCACCAGGAGCAGGGGAGGAGGAGGGGCAGGGAGCCCGGGAGCCCCCACCCCCACGUGGGCGUGGCGUUUCCUCCUGGGGUCCGGGAGCGCCUAUCCAGCAUGCACCGCGGCGGCUCCUUUUCCCUCUAGGCACUUCCGAUACAGUUUUAAACUGCGUUAACAAGGGACCAACCAGAGGCCCCUGGCCUCCUUCCAGCCGCAUCUGCCCAUUCUUGCUGCUGAGCCCUGUCUGGGCUCCCUCCCGCUGUGUACUCCCAGCGACCUGACCUCAGCCAAGCGGCAGCGCAAGUGUCAGGCAGGAGGUGUGCAAAGAGGCCGGUGACUCACAGGGUCGGGCCACCUCCGGGGCACCUGAGUGGGUGGCCAGCCUGCUCUGGCAGGAAGCUGAGGUCGGCCCAGAGCCAGGGAGAGGUCCUGGGCUCCAGGUGAGAGGCCAGCUUCCCGGCAGGGGUGCGCCAGCGCUGCCUGGAAGGCCUGGGCUGGCCCUGGGACUGGACUUGUGAAACGGGUCGCCAACGUCCUCCUCCCACAGGGCACCUGCUGGCACUCCCUCCUCCGGGCAGCUCCCCUGGGACUCCCAGAGCCCUGCCUGCCGCCCAGGGGGAGCUCAGGGCCGGUCGGGCUUUUCCUGCGUGGGAGAGAGAGAGGCUGCCUCCUCUGAGAGUGUUUCAUGAUGUUGAUGAGGCCGACGCGGUGCUCCAGGGCCAGGUCCUGGGACGCCCUUUUCCGGGACGGUCCCCUGACUGGCUCUCCGUCUGGUUACCACACUUGGUGGGAAGAAAGGGCCCCUGUCCCUCAUAAACCAGUGGGUGGAGUGACUCAGUGACCCAGGACAGUCCGAGCGCUGAACUGUUUGGGAGACUCAGGCCAGAGCCAGGCCCCGCCCCUCUGUCUGGCAGCCGCUGGUUCGGAGAGGUCCAAUCUCGGUUUCACCGGCGUGGAUAAAGAGGGGGUUGCCAAGGGGAUGGCUAAUAAACAUUUACAAACUGC